UUUCGCUCAGAUACGAUGAUGGCUUCUCAAGUGGAGAGAAGAAACCCUAACAGUACCAUGUUUAACCGUGAUGCAGUGAAGCACCUUCUCCAAUUCCGAUGUGUCGCCAACUUCUGGAAUUCUCUAAUGUUCUUCGCCAGAAAACAUUUUAAGCGGAACCCUAACAUCAUCAAUUUAUCCCCUAUUCUUCCUUUUGAUCUCAUAACAGAAAUCCUCUCUAGGGUACCCGUCAAACUUCUUCUCCAAUUUCGAUGCGUAUGCAAAUCAUGGAAUUCUCUAAUAUCUCACGAUCCCAAUUUUGCCAAAAAGCACUUUAAGAUGUCAACCACGCCCAACCUCCACGUCAUAAGCUAUGACGAUCCUUCCAAGCGUCCUUUUGAACAUUAUUUACAUUACAUUGUUGGCUCUUGUGAUGGGAUCCUUUGUCUUGCCGAUUUUCAUAACUCUUUUGUUGUACUGUGGAAUCCUUCCAUUAGAAAAUUCAAGGAAUUGCCCCCUUUUGAAAAGCCACAAGUGGCUGGUUCGGCAAAGUUUGGGUUCGGUUAUGAUCAUCUUUCUCAUAGUUACAAAGUGGUUGUUCUUUACAACUCCUAUAGAUGUGAUAUCAUUGAAGAUACAAUUAAAAUAAAGAUUUAUAAUUUGAGAACCAAUUCUUGGAGAAGCUUUCAGAAGUUACCUUUUACUACUGAAUUCGGCUCUGAUCAAUCGGGAGUAUAUGUCAGCGGUACAAUUAAUUGGUUGGCCUCUACUAAAUGGCUUCCUCCACUUUUUAUUGUUUCUUUUGAUUUAGGUAAGGAUUCUUAUAAAAAAAUUUUUCCUCCUGAACAUGCAGAGUUUGAUGGGAGGUCGAAAUUGUGUGUGUUGAAGGAUUGCUUGUGCAUAAUUUGUGAUUAUGAUAUUUGGAUAAUGAAGGAGUAUGGAAUUAAAGAGUCUUGGACUAAAUUGUUUAAACUCUCUAACUUGCCAGGUCAAAGAAAAGGUAUCUGGCGUUCUUACUUGACCAAGGCAUUAGAUAUUUUUGAAGAUGAUCAAGUAUUGUUGGUGGAGAGAUGGAAUAAGAAGUUGAUAGUUUACGAUUUUAAGAAUGACACUUUUAAGGUUACUUCAUUGUUUCCAACCCUUCCAGAAAUCUGCACCGAGAGUUUGAUAUCACCUUGUUCUUAAUGUUAUUAAUUAAUGCUAGGAUGUCACUCGAGCAUUUCAACCACAAUUUAUAUGUUAGUUUAUGUUUAUGUUUUUUAUUUUGUAAUUGCUAUGUUUACGGGUUUCUGUUAUUUUAUACUAGGGAAAUGUUUUAUGUUUAGAGUAAUAAAUCUGAAAUUUUAUCUUUUAACUUGUAUAAUUCAUGUCUCAUAUUUAAUGUGA